AUGGCUGACCUAUCGACGCUGGCCAAUGGCUUUAGCGUGGUUGGCCUGGCGGAUGUGGUUUGCCGUGCAUCCAUCCAGCUUUAUGACUUGAUACAGGGACUGCGAAACGCUCCAGCAAGACAGCAGCGAUAUCUGGGUAUUCUAAGAGACCUUACGCUCACUGCUACUCAAGUACGACUUUGGGUCGAGAAUCAUGAGAGGUCCACAUUCUCUGUGAGAGAAGGCCAACACGAGCUGCAAGGAGUAUCGACUAUUCUCAAGGGUUCCGAGGAUCAGAUCCGGCAAUUAACAACCUCUCUUACCCCAUCUACAGCCUCAACCUGGCUCGGUCGAUGGCGAUCAGUGGCCGGUUUUGCUUGGGACGAGACGUCAUUCCAAGAUUCUUUCGAUCUCUUGGAAAAGAACAACAACCGCUUAUCCAUUUUGCUCCAACUUUGCUCAAUAAAGAAUGGAGUUGCUCUUAGCAGAGAAAUGAAAACCGUGAGCUCGAACUUUCAUGACCUUCUGAAUGUCCUGCUCAGUUCGGACUCCACCGUUCGCCAAGACCUUUGCGCUCUCAGAGACCAGAUCCAACUGCAGACGAGGAGCACACCCUCCAAUGCAGAGUUUCAACUUCUAUCCCAGAAGAUUGGCGAGUCAAGCGAACAACUUAAGAAUCUCCGAGAUGAUCAGCAUCUUCACUAUUCAGAUUUGAACAACGCCCUUGUUCGUCAGGCAGACCUCCAGAAGUCCCUUUUGUGGGCACUUGAAGACGCCAGGAGGCCUCCUGCUUUGGCGAUGAGCGGCCUUACUUCAAUUGUCGCCGCCACUCAGAUGAUUGAGGCAAAUUUAGUACGGCCAGCACCUGCGCUUGAGCAUUCGAGUCAUCCCAAUACCAUAUUUGGUAUACAAAAUCCUCAUCAAGUUUUGCUGUCAUUGCUGCUUAUCCGCCCGAGGCUGCUGUCUUGUAUCCAGCAGAUGGCCCUCGCAGGCGGAAUGCAUCUUUCACAGUCCGAAAUCUCAUGGGUGCAGUCGGAAUUUGAACUACUGCAGCGUUCAGCUGCUUUCCUACUUGCAAAUUCAACCGCGAGCGAGAAGGAUUUGCAGUCUUGGGGAUCCCAGACGUACAGAUUCCAGUCUCGGCCAAAGAACAUUCAGUUUCGCCACAAAUUCGCUGAUAGAACUGCUGGAGGUCUUCUUAUCACUGACAGCUCCGUGGCCUAUGAUGGACCGAGAGAGUCUCAACAAGCAAAUAGGUUCCAUGAUUAUCGACUUGCCUGCAUAACGCAUCCAGCAGACUGCAAGCCAUCUGGCCUUUUGGCAACCUUCCGCAGGAUGCAAGAUGUUAUGAUGACAAGAAGUCCUCAGAUCACUCGAACCUUGCCUGAAGAUGCGUUCUCCUAG